AAUUAACAUGAAAAAAAAUAAUAAUAAAAAAAUCAAAUGACUAUUAAAAUCAACUAAAAUCCUAAAGUCUCUUUUUUGGCAUAAAAAUCAAAAAAAAUUUAUAAAUCAACAAAGCAUACAAAAAAGGCUAGUUAUCUUACUGUAAAUGAGAAUAAAUUUAACUAAAUUUCUUAAGUUAGUAAACAUCAUUUAUACUUGAAUGAUUUAAUCACUAACCUUAACCCUGAUGAAUUAAUAUCUAUCAUAAGCUAAUUUGACUAAUUGACUAUCUAAGAAGUCUCUCCUUAUAAUUACAUAGCUCAGUACUAAAAAAAGGUUAUGGACUUUGAUUUCAAUGAAGAAACGGAUGAACUGUUUGAAGUUUAUAAUGACAUCACUAUUGUAAUCAAAUUUGAAAUUAAAUAAAUUAUUGAAUGCUCUACUAGAUAUACAAUUUUAUUUUAAAAUUUGUCUAAAUAAUAUGAUAUUGAAUAUUAAAAUCUCAAAAGCGACUUGAUCCAAAAUAUCAUUUCUUUUUGA